AUGGAUAUAUCAAACGAGAUCCAUGAUGAGAUGGACAUGACAAUAGACGAGGUAAAUCUUGCAGAUGCUGUUGGCAUUCCUGAUGUAGCAGAAGCUGCUGCCAUUGUUGGCGGUGUGGAUACUCCAAUCUCCUCAGAUACUAUCAUUAUCAACAACACUUUCAUUGGUGGAGGCAACUUUUCGUUUGAGGGAAAUGUCAACCAGAAUAUAGAAGGAGAAUCGACUUCUGGACCAAUCACAAUUCCCGAAUUUGCUAUUGACAAUGACUUUUUUGAUUUUCUUUAUGCUGUUUACGAGAACGAACAGGCCACCCAGGAGGACGAGUCUGGACGGAGCAGCAUCGAGACCGAGACCGAGACCGAGGCCAGCGAGAUGACUGAAACUGAAGGUGUCAGCGAACAUGGAAUUUGUCAUGAGGAGGCGAUGUCUGAUACAGACAAAGCUACCAGAUAUGACUGUGAAGAUCUUUCAUCCGGGUUCUAUCACGAAUCACAAGCAGAUUCGUCCUUAAUUCGAGACGACCUAUUGGCGAUAGUGGAGAAUUACAAACAAAGAAGACAGAUUUUAGACGAUCGGCGGCUUUUUAGUGGUUCUGCUGUUAGUAAUGAGAUGAUAAAGCAUGUCAGAGACUUUUGUGGCUGUACUAUGGACUCUCAAGGGCUUAUAUGGAACAAAGACAGUCAACGCAAAAAGGUGAUAUCUAAGAGAAUGAAUACAUUUGGAAGUUACACCCAUUUAUACAAAUCCAUUGGUGCCGCCAGUACUGAAGUCGAUUUCCAUCUCAACCCCACUGACAAUGUACUGUUUCAGUUCGAUCGUUUCUACACGCAACCGAAACUGAAGCUUGUUCAUUUCCAGCUUAGAAAUUUAAUGACCAGCUUCACUCAUAAUGAAGUAUACUAUGCUUCUGUGAAACCGAAUAGUGAUUCUACCGGACUCAUGAAGCUCAACACUGUCUCAGGGACAUUGGAAGAGGCACAAGUGGAUCAAUACAUUGACAACGACUUUACAAUAUCAGUGUUGACGUCAUCUAAUGACAAAUACGUGGCUGCGGGCUCAUUCGAUGGUUCCUUACUUCUUUACUUUCCUCGCAGUGGUCAGGCUGAGCGAUAUCAGAUAUCGCAAGAAUCCAAUAGGAUUAUAAACUAUAUUUUGGCCUCGAAGAAUCCACAGUUCUACACAGAUUUGGUGAUCGCUUCAAACGAUAAAACCCUGUCCAUAUUUGAUAUGGUCAAGGGAAAGAAGACCAAUAAAGUGCGCUUUGAUUGGCCCAUCAACUGCAUCGCUGAGAAUCCAUUGAACAGCAACGUUUUGUUACUUGUAGGAGACUCGAAGCAGUCGCUUAUAGUGGACAGGAGACAGUCAAAUAACAUACCAGUGUACCAGUUUCAGCAUCAUCACGACUUUUCAUUUGCCUGCGACUGGAACAGUGACCACUUAGUGGCGACAGGAAACCAGGACAGUACGGUAAGAAUCUAUGACGAUAGAAACCUUUCGAAGCCACAAAGGGUGCUUUCAGGAGUCUACAACGGAGCAGUAAGGAACUUGAAGUUCAGCCAAGGCACUCAGAGACAGUUUUUGGCCUUUGCUGAAUCCAUAGAUAACGUUUACCUUGUUGAUUUGAACCAGCAGGAUAAAUCACAGGCUUAUCAGCACAUGCACUUUUUUGGAAAAGUGGGAGGAUUAGAUUUCAGCCAGGUGGACGAUCGAUAUGACCAAGAGUUGACUAUCGGAGUGAGCGAUAAGUCCAUAGGAGGAAUAUUUAGGUAUAGAACGGAUAAAUUCGGGGAUGAAACCGGAGUGAAUCAAAUGGAUUGGAUAUAG